CGGGUAGUGCAACACCGCCCUUAACCAAGAUGGCGGCCGAGCCGGCUUCAUUCCGCCAGGCUCUCAGCCCUCAUCCAGGCUCCGCCUCCCGCCCGUCGCCAGUUCUGAUUGGCCGAAGGGCGGCCGCGGGCGGCUGCUAUUGGAGGAGGCCGUUGCCCGGCGUGUGGCCGCGGUGCGGGCCGCGGAUGGCGGCGGCGAUGGAGGGGCCCCCUGGGCUGGGGGCAGCACUGGACGCAGCUGCGCUGGAGCUGCUGGACGCGCUGGAGACGCUGCAGGAGCGACGCCAGGUCCUCACCCAGCUCCUGCGGCAGGGGUGGCUGUCCCUCUCCCAGGCCCGGUAUUCCCUGGGAUGCCACCGUGUCUCGUCCCUGCAGUAUGGGGCCACCAUGGUCCCCCGAGUCCGUGUCCUGCCCAGGGAGGGGACACCUCACUUUGACGAGGUGCCAGGCACAGCACGGGACACUGAAGAUCCUGAUCCCCAACAGGAAGGGGGUGAUGGUCUGCGCCAGCGUCGGGGUCCCCCAGAGAAGAGGGGUGCCCCCCCUCGGGCCCCCCCAGACCCACUGGCCUGGUUUGGGGUGCUGGUGCCCCCCAGCCUGCGGCAGGCCCAGGGCAGCUUCGUCCAGGGGGUGACGGUGGCGGUGGAGCUGGCUGGGCUGCAGGCUGCUGUGGAGGCCGCUGCCACCCGCUACCGCGGCCUCCUGCGCCGUGCGCGUCACCCAGAUGGAGACGCCGACACCACGGUGACACCGAGCGACGAGACAAGCAGCACCAAGAUGGCAUGUGGCAACGAGACCACCGGUGACACCAAGACCCCAGGUGACACGGGCACCUACAGGGAACCCGAGGUGACAUGGAGAGACACAGGUGACACCAUGACCCAUGGGAACAAGGGCACCGGGAGUGACACCACCAGCAUCGGGGACAUGGAGACCCCAGCCACGUCACCGCCACCAUGACAGGUGCCACCAGCUCAUGUGACGCCCGUGUCCCGCUUCCAAUAAAGACACUGUGGCAGCUGUU